AUGGUCUCCGGCAAAUGCCAUAUUACUUCUCAGAACCACGGUUAUGCCGUUGAUAGUACAACUCUCCCGGACGAAUGGGAAGAACUAUUUGUGAAUGCGAAUGAUGGCAGCAAUGAAGGUAUCAGACACAUUAGCCGUCCGUUCUUCAGCGUUCAGUUCCACCCUGAAAGCACUCCAGGCCCGAGAGACACGGAGUUCCUCUUUGAUGUGUUUAUCAAAUCCAUUCAAACGACCAUCUUCUCCCCGGAUGCUCUCUCGCGCCCUGUUUCUUUCCCGGGCGGCGCAAAGGAAGAGAAUAUCAAGGCUGCCCCAAGGGUUUCAGUCAAGAAGGUCUUGAUCCUGGGAAGUGGUGGUCUCAGUAUCGGCCAGGCUGGAGAAUUCGACUACUCUGGUAGCCAAGCCAUCAAGGCUUUGAAGGAAGAGGGCAUAUACACUGUCUUGAUCAACCCAAAUAUUGCCACUAUUCAAACUUCCAAGGGGUUGGCUGAUAAGGUUUAUUUCCUCCCUGUCAAUGCGGAUUUUGUGCGCAAGGUCAUCAAGUAUGAGCGUCCGGAUGCCAUCUAUGUUACCUUCGGUGGUCAGACUGCCCUUCAAGUUGGUAUCCAACUCAAGGAUGAAUUUGAGCAGCUCGGGGUCAAGGUCCUCGGUACCCCAAUCGACACCAUUAUUACCACGGAAGAUCGGGAGCUAUUUGCACGGAGUAUGGACUCCAUCAAUGAAAAGUGUGCCAAGUCGGCUUCUGCUUCGACUCUGGAAGAGGCUCUCGGUGUGGUUGAUACCAUCGGGUUUCCCGUAAUUGUUCGAGCGGCUUAUGCACUUGGCGGUCUCGGUAGCGGUUUUGCCGAAAACGUGGAUCAAUUGAAGGAGCUCUGCUCCAAGGCUUUGGUUGUCAGCCCUCAGGUCUUGAUCGAGAAGAGUAUGAAGGGCUGGAAGGAAAUUGAAUACGAAGUGGUCCGCGAUGCCAGAGACAACUGUAUCACCGUUUGCAACAUGGAGAACUUCGAUCCUCUGGGUAUCCAUACCGGUGAUUCUAUUGUUGUUGCCCCCUCCCAAACUCUCUCCGAUGAGGACUACAAUAUGCUUCGUACAACAGCGGUCAAUGUCAUUCGCCAUCUGGGUGUCGUGGGUGAAUGCAACAUUCAAUAUGCUUUGAACCCCUUCUCGAAGGAGUACUGCAUCAUUGAAGUGAAUGCCCGUCUGUCAAGAUCUUCUGCUCUUGCCUCGAAGGCUACUGGGUACCCUCUGGCUUUCAUUGCUGCCAAACUCGGUCUGGGCAUCCCGCUGAAUGAAAUCUCCAAUUCUGUCACUAAAGUCACUUGUGCAUGCUUCGAACCGUCACUGGACUAUGUCGUGGUAAAGAUUCCUCGCUGGGACUUGAAGAAAUUCACCCGCGUCUCGACGCAGCUUGGCUCUUCCAUGAAGAGUGUUGGUGAGGUUAUGAGCAUCGGAAGAACCUUCGAAGAAGCUAUCCAGAAGGCCAUACGAUCAGUCGAUUUUCACAACCUUGGUUUCAAUGAGACAAGUGCGCUCAUGUCUAUCAAGGGGGAACUCCAGACUCCUUCAGAUCAGCGACUGUUCGCCAUCGCCAAUGCCAUGGCUGCCGGCUAUACCGUUGACGAUAUCUGGAAGCUUACGCAGAUCGACAAAUGGUUCUUGAAUAAGCUGAAGGGUCUCAGUGACUUUGGAAAAUUAUUGAGCACCUACAAUACCAUUACUGUACCAACAGAUCUCAUCCGACGGGCUAAGCAACUUGGCUUCUCGGACAUCCAACUCGCCAAAUUCCUGAGCUCCAAUGAGCUUGCCAUUAGACGUAUCCGUGUUGAAGCGGGCAUUGUGCCGGUUGUGAAACAGAUCGAUACCGUCGCUGCAGAGUUCCCGUCUGUGACAAAUUAUCUCUACCUCACUUACAAUGGCUCAGAACAUGACGUGGCCUUCGAUGAUCAUGGUGUGAUGGUCUUGGGUUCUGGAGUUUACAGAAUCGGUUCAUCUGUGGAGUUCGACUGGUGCUCUGUACGGACCAUUCGGACCUUGCGUGAGCAGGGCUACAAGACCGUCAUGGUUAACUAUAACCCGGAGACUGUCAGCACGGACUACGAUGAGGCCGACCGGUUGUACUUUGAGAAUAUUAACUUGGAAACGGUCUUGGAUAUCUACCAGCUGGAAUCCUCUAGCGGUGUGAUCAUGUCCAUGGGUGGCCAGACACCGAACAAUAUUGCUCUGCCGCUCCACCGUCUCAACGUUAAGAUUCUGGGUACAUCCCCUGAGAUGAUUGACACUGCAGAGAACCGUUACAAGUUCUCCCGUAUGCUUGACCGAAUCGAUGUCGAUCAACCAGCUUGGAAGGAACUUACUAGUUUCGAGGAAGCCGCCGCGUUCUGUGAGAAGGUCAGCUACCCUGUGCUUGUCCGUCCUUCGUAUGUACUCUCGGGUGCCGCUAUGAACACGGUAUAUUCUAAGCGCGAUCUCGCCAAUUACCUCAACCAAGCGGCGGAGGUUUCACGUGACCAUCCCGUGGUUAUCACGAAAUAUAUCGAAAAUGCGAAGGAGAUCGAAAUGGAUGCUGUCGCCCUUAAUGGUGUCAUGGUCGGGCAUUUCAUCUCGGAGCACGUCGAAAAUGCCGGUGUACAUUCCGGUGAUGCCACGCUGAUCUUGCCGCCGCAGGACUUGGACCCAGAGACUGUUCGGCGCAUCGAGGAGGCCACUAGCAAGAUUGGCAAUGCUCUUAACGUCACGGGUCCUUUCAACAUCCAGUUUAUUGCCAAGGACAAUGACAUCAAGGUCAUCGAGUGCAAUGUCAGGGCGUCCCGGUCAUUCCCAUUCGUAUCGAAGGUAAUGGGUGUUGAUCUCAUCGAAAUGGCAACGAAGGCAAUGAUGGGAAUUCCAUUUGCCCCAUACCCACCUGUGAACGUGCCGGAGCAUUACGUUGGUGUGAAGGUUCCUCAAUUCUCAUUCUCCCGUCUUUCCGGAGCCGAUCCUGUCCUGGGAGUUGAAAUGGCCUCAACGGGUGAGGUUGCUUCGUUCGGCCGCGACAAAUAUGAGGCUUAUUUGAAGGCCCUCCUUUCCACCGGUUUCCGCUUGCCCAAACGUAACAUCCUAUUUUCCAUCGGUUCGUACAAGGAGAAGCUUGAGCUGCUGCCUUCUAUCCGCAAGCUCCAUCAGCUUGGCUACAACCUCUUCGCUACCCCCGGUACUGCCGAUUUCAUCAAGGAGAAUCGUAUUCCCGUGCAGUUCCUGGAAAUUCUACCUGGCGAAGAAGAGGACAUCCGGUCCGAAUACUCACUCACGCAGCACCUGGCCAACAAUCUCAUUGAUCUUUAUAUCAACCUGCCGUCUAACAACCGUUUCAGGCGGCCGGCCAAUUACAUGAGCAAGGGUUAUAGGACUCGUCGGAUGGCUGUCGACUAUCAGACUCCAUUGGUGACCAAUGUUAAAAAUGCCAAGAUCCUGAUCGAAGCAAUCGCUCGCCACUACUCACUGAACAUCCAGCCAAUUGACUUCCAGGAGGGAAAACCAGCCGUUGUGCCCCCUGCAUCUCCUGCUCUCGAUGCCAUGUCUCCUGUGGCUCGCCCCCAUGGUGAGAGCGCGCUUGACCGUAGAUCGUCUAUUGGGAUUCCCAGUCAGGUUCCAGUUACCGGUUCUGAGCUUGGUCCUCCCCUUUACAACCCUGCUCUACAAGCCUCGUCUCCUCUGCUAAAACUGUUAGCGCGGUCUCCAUUCAAACAGAAGCAUGUGCUCUCUGUGAAUCAAUUCAACCGAGCGGACUUGCAUGUGCUCUUCACUGUUGCACAGGAGAUGCGUCUCGGGGUUGAGCGACAAGGUGUCCUCGACAUCCUUAAGGGCCGUGUCCUUUGCAACCUCUUCUACGAACCGUCAACCAGGACGUCCGCUUCUUUCGACACUGCCAUGCAACGCCUUGGGGGACGAACUGUAGUCAUCGCUACAGAACACUCUUCCACUAAGAAGGGUGAAACUCUGCAGGACACUAUCCGCACUCUUGGUUGCUACGCGGAUGCGAUUGUUCUGCGCCAUCCACAAGAGACCAGUGCGGAGGUAGCUGCGAAGUUCUCACCUGUUCCGAUCAUCAAUGGUGGAAAUGGCAGUCUCGAGCAUCCGACGCAGGCAUUCCUUGAUCUCUUUACUAUCCGUGAAGAACUUGGAACCGUUGCCGGCCUGACGAUCACAUUCACUGGAGAUCUGAAAUACGGACGCACGGUGCAUUCUCUGAUCAAGUUGCUCCGGUUCUACGACGUUCGCGUACAGUUGGUUGCGCCUAAGGAGUUGGCACUGCCAGAAGAAGUUCGCCAGCAGGUCAUUGCCUCUGGAGAGCUUGUGGUGGAAUCGGAGGAGUUGACUCCGGAGAUCGUGGCGCGGUCGGAUGUCUUGUACACGACUCGCGUGCAGAAGGAGCGAUUCUCCAACCUGGAGGUUUACGAACGCCUGAAGAACCGUUUCAUCAUUGACAAUGCUAUUCUCAAGCAUGCCAAGGAGCACAUGAUCAUCAUGCACCCGCUGCCGCGGAACCAGGAGAUCGCGGAGGAGGUCGAUUUUGACCAGAGGGCUGCUUAUUUCAGACAGAUGAGAUACGGCCUUUAUUGCCGCAUGGCGUUGCUCGCAUUGAUUCUGGCUCCCUGA